AUGGCCGCCGCUGCCGCCGCGGUGUCGGUGGACGAGAAGCUCGAAAAGCUUCGCGCCGAGGUCGCCAAGUUCGACCAGAUCAGGCGAGUCCCCCUCCCCCACUCCACUCCCCCUCUGCACUACGAGAACGAGAAGGCCGGGUUCAUCAGCCUUGUGUCACGCUACCUCAGUGGGGAGGCGGAGCAGAUCGAGUGGAGCAAGAUCCAGACCCCGACCGAUGAGGUGGUGGUGCCGUACGACACCCUCGCGUCGCCUCCCGAAGAUCUCGAGGAGACGAAGAAGCUGCUGGACAAGCUCGUUGUGCUCAAGCUUAACGGAGGGCUCGGGACGACCAUGGGCUGCACUGGGCCCAAGUCUGUCAUUGAAGUCCGCAAUGGGUUCACAUUCCUUGACCUUAUUGUGAUUCAAAUUGAGUCCCUGAACAAGAAGUAUGGAUGCAGUGUCCCUUUACUUCUGAUGAACUCUUUCAACACCCAUGAUGACACACAGAAGAUUGUUGAGAAGUAUUCCAACUCCAACAUUGAAAUUCAUACUUUCAAUCAGAGCCAGUAUCCUCGCAUUGUUACUGAGGACUUCUUGCCACUUCCAAGCAAAGGGAAAUCUGGGAAGGAUGGCUGGUAUCCUCCAGGCCAUGGUGAUGUGUUCCCUUCUUUGAAUAACAGCGGAAAACUUGACCUCUUAUUGGCUCAG